AUGAUGUUCCAUCUGGCCGUGCUUCGCGAUGUGAGAAAGACUAUGCUGAAGAAUGAGGGAGUCGGUGCCUUCUAUAAGGUUCUUUCUGAUGGAUUACUUAAACAAGCUACAUACACAACAACCAGACUUGGUACAUUCAGGAUUCUGACAAACAAGGCACUUGAAGCCAACGAUGGAAAGCCACUACCUUUAUAUCAAAAAUCUCUCUGCGGGCUAACAGCUAGUGCAAUCGGAGCCUGUAUAGGAAGCCCUGCUGAGCUGGCACUCAUCCAUAUCUACAAUUGUAGGGGCAAGUUCUAUAUCAACGUUCUUUGCUGCUGCAUGUAG